CUUCCAACAAUUCUCGAAAACAAAUAGAGAAAACACAAAAAGUUCUGUUCUUUUUCCCACCCAAUUCAGUUUUCUCAAAUGGCUCGUACGAAGCAAACGGCUCGCAAGUCCACCGGCGGCAAGGCGCCACGUAAGCAGCUGGCCACCAAGGCGGCUCGUAAGUCUGCUCCGGCUACCGGCGGCGUGAAGAAGCCGCACAGAUUCCGUCCGGGAACCGUAGCGCUCCGCGAGAUCCGGAAGUACCAGAAGAGCACGGAACUUCUGAUCCGGAAGCUCCCGUUCCAGCGAUUGGUCCGCGAGAUCGCGCAGGACUUCAAGACCGACCUUCGAUUUCAGAGCUCCGCCGUCUCCGCCCUCCAGGAAGCCGCCGAGGCCUACUUGGUUGGUCUCUUCGAAGACACCAAUCUCUGCGCUAUUCACGCCAAGCGUGUCACUAUCAUGCCCAAGGAUAUUCAACUCGCUAGGCGUAUUAGGGGCGAGCGCGCUUAAAUCUAAUUAUUGAUUCUCUGUAUAGACGAUUUCAAUUUCAAGCGUUCUUAGUUAGAACUUUUGAUUUGGUUUUCUUGUUGUUGAUGAUUCUGUAAUGCUGCUGUGAUGUUAACGCUUUAUUAAUGAAAUUAUCACUUUUUGUCUUCAA